AUGCAAAUCCCAUUGAGACUUCAAUUAUUCGCGAUUCGGCCGCAACCGCCGAAUACCAAAGUGAACGGCCGAUGUGAGAAGGUGAACAAAGACGACCUCUUCAAUGAAGACGACCGCAAUCUCUACAAGAUCGUGUGCCGUCGCUGCAAAUCGGUGAUAUUUCCCGAAGACGUCGUGAUGGCCGUCGAGAAUCAGCCGCACAAACUUCGCGUCAUGUCGCAUCAAGGCAAAGGCGAGACCGACGAGGAGACGAUCGCAUGGUGGUGGUACACCGAGAGCGAUCUCGUCUUUGACACCGUUGGCUGGCAGACGAUUGAAAAGGUCAAGGUGCUAAUGUGCGGUGACUGCGAGCUGGGACCGAUUGGGUUUCGAAGCGACGACAAUCGAAAAUACUGGGUGGCCGUUGAACGUGUGAAAUACGACAAAUCUUAA